CGGUGAAGGUUAUGAAGUAAACAAUUUUUGAGGUUAUAUUAAAAUAUUUGAAGUGAAUAGGUCUUGUGAAUACGUAUUUCUGGAUAUCAAAAAUGAGGUUCUCGUACAAGUUCAACAAUCUGCUGGGAGUAGCUUAUAAGAAGGGGAAUCUGGUAUUCACACCUGAUGGAAACUCUCUCAUAAGUUUGGUGUCGAAUAAAAUAAAAAUUUAUGAUGUAAGAAAUUAUAAAGUUUUUACACUCCCUGUUGAGAGUAGAUUCAAUUAUGUUGCUAUGGAUUUGAGUCCAAACGGUUGCACACUAAUAGCUGUAAAUGAAGAGGGAGACGCUCACAUGAUUAGUUUAAUUUCACUAACAGUCAUUCAUAGCUACCGAUUCAAAGAUAAAGUUAGGUGUGUUAAAUUUAGUCCUGAUGGAAAACAUUUUGCCGUUUGUAAGGGAAAUAACGUUUUCGUGUUCAAAGCACCCGGCCAGUUCACAGGCCAAUACAACCCUUUUGUUAUGGAAAGGGUUUUUCACACAGCAACAGGUGAAACAACCUGUCUGAGUUGGUCUUCCGAUUCUCGUUUAUUGGCAGUAGGUGCCAAGGACAUGACUGUUAGGGUCCAUGCUAUGGACAAAUAUUCCAAUUUCAAAAUUAUAGCAUUGAGAAAUCACACAGAUAGUAUUGUCGGCUGCUUUUUUGAAAAGGACACUUACGACCUGAUAACAGUGAGUAAAAAUGGACAGAUGUGUGUUUGGGAAUGCAAUUUAAAUCCUGAGGAUUUGAUUCCCAAAGGAACACAACCUAAGAAGAAAAGAAAGUUACAUGAUGAUGAUACGGAAGACAGCAUUGAUGAGGUAAAAGCAAUAGAGAGAUCAGAAUCAGAUAUCAUUAAAGCUCUAGAAAAAAAUAGUGAAGAUAACGUUGAGCUACAAAUAGAUGACAAUAUUGAGAGAAAUGAGAGAUUUUACUACAAAAAAAUUGACAGGCAUUACUUGGCUGACGAGCCAAGAAAAGAUGAUAGAGAAGCAGUUUUAACUUCUGUAGAUUAUCAUUUGAACACAAAAAUUUUGACAGUAGGCUUUUCAAAUGGUUCUUUCUACAUGUACGAAAUGCCCAACGUGAAUGAAAUAAAUAGCUGUAACAUUUCCAAAGCCAAAAUAUCAGCGAUUUCGUUCAAUGGUACCGGCGAUUGGAUUGCUUUUGGGUGUUCUACCUUGGGGGAGCUGAUUGUUUGGGAAUGGCAAAGCGAAAAUUUAGUCUUGAAGCAGCAAAGCCACAGCUCGAGUACUUCCUGUGUCGCUUAUUCUGUUGACGGAAAAUGGGUGGCCAGCGGCGGGGAGGAUGGGCUGAUGAAACUGUGGGAUGUAACCUCCGGAUACUGCUAUAAAGUUUUCAACGACCACUCGGAUUCCGUGACAUCUGCAGUGUUCUGUGGUAAUAAGAAAUUUGUGGUGUCUGCAUCCCAUGACGGCACAGUUCGAGCGUAUAACUUGCAGAACUACACUAACUUCAGAACGUUCACCGGAACCAGACCUGUCCAAUUUAUGUGUGUCUCGGUUGAUUGUAGCGGAGAGUUUGUUGCUGCAGGGGCCCAAGAUGUUUUUGAAAUAUACCUAUGGUCUGUUAAAACAGGAAAGCUUUUGGAAAUUUUGAGUGGGCACGAGGGACCAGUGGGAAGUCUCAAUUUUUCUCCCCUUAUGACGAGCACUUUACUUGUUUCAACUUCCUGGGACAAAACGAUGCGAAUUUGGGAUGCCAUAGAGAAAAGUUCCGCUAAUGAAAGUAUACAAUUGGCUUCAGAUGGCAUGUGUGUUGUUUUUAACCCUAAAGGACACGAAGUUGCUGUAGCCACAUUGAACGGUCAGAUACACAUUUUCGAUGUUAAGACAGCUUUGCAGACGGGCACCAUUGAAGGUAGACGCGACCUUGGUAGCGGGAAGUCUGAUACCGAUCUGAUAUCAGCCAAAAAGAAUCUGGAGGCUAAGGCAUUCACAACUCUUUGCUACUCAGCAGAUGGGGAAUACCUUCUAGCUGGCGGACAAUCGAAAAAUAUAUGCAUAUAUAAUGUCAAACAAAGACUUUUGGUGAAAAAAUUCGAGAUCACUCAAAAUAGAUCGCUUGACGCCAUGGACGAUUUUAUAAACCGAAGAAAGAUGACAGAUUUUGGCAAUCUGGCUCUGGUUGAAGAGAGAGAAGAAAGGAUGGGUGGCAACGUGACGAUUCGUCUGCCUGGUGUGAAAAAAGGGGACAUGGCUGCUAGAUCGCUCAAACCAGAGGUAAGGGUGUUUUCCCUUCAGUUCGCUCCCACCAAUCAGCAAUGGGCAGCGGCAACAACGGAGGGUAUCGUUAUUUACUCUCUCACGGUGGGCGCUACCUUCGACCCUUGGGAUUUAGAUAUCAACAUCACGCCGGCAGCUGUUAAGAAAUCGGUCAGAGCGAACGAGUUUUCAGAAGCCUUAAUCAUGUCCAUAAAAUUGAACGAGCCCAAGCUAAUCAGGGAGACCAUGGAAAGUAUUCCAUUUAAAGACAUUGAACAUGUGGUCAGCAAUCUGUCUCUACAGUAUGUCGAAAAAUUGUUGAUGUUUCUGGCUGAACUUUUAGAAGAGUCCACUCACCUAGAAUUUUAUUUGAUUUGGGUGAAAAGUGUGGUCAGUGACCAUGGUAUCCGCAUUAGGAAAAGUAAAUGUUUGCCGGCGUUGUCAGCUCUUGAGAAGAUUAUCGAUAGGCGGUACAGAGAUUUGUCUAAGAGUAAUGAAUUCAACAAAUAUAAUUCGAAACUUGUCUAUAAACUGAUACAAAUAGCGCAGAAACAGUCUUCGAACUCUGACGUCGUAAUGGAGAGUAAAGAUGAAUCAGAUCAAGAAGAUAUCAUGGAAAUUGAUGAAAUUCUUUAGGUGGUCCAUCACCUAAUUCUUCAAACAACUACAUAAUAGAUUUGUUAAAGAUUCGUAUAUAUUUCUGUAUAUAAAAAUGAUGUUAUGUACGUGGUUUUAUUAAAAUUUUUGACAGAAA